AGACAGGGCGGCUUCCGGGAUUGGCGGGGCCUUUGUCUCUCCCUCCAGCCGGAGCUCCAGGUCUGGUCUUCACUGCUCUGUGUCCUCUGCUUCUAGAGGCCCAGUCUCUGUGGCUCUGUGACCUGCAGGUAUUGGCGAUACAUAGCUAAGACGCCAGGUCCCACGGAAACCUAGAAAUGGAACCAUUGAAAUUUAGGGAUCUGGCCAUAGAAUUCUCUCUGGAGGAGUGGCAAUGCCUGGACACUAUACAGCAGAAUUUAUAUAGGAAUGUGAUGUUAGAGAACUACAGAAACCUGGUCUUCUUGGGUAUUGCUGUCUCUAAGCCAGACCUAAUCACCUGUCUGGAACAAGAAAAAGAGCCUUGGACUAGAAAGAGACAUAGGAUGGUGGCCGAACCCCCAGUUAUUUGUUCUCAUUUUGCCCAAGACUUUUCACCAGAGCAGAACAUAAAAGAUUCUUUCCAAAAAGUGACACUAAGAAGAUAUGGAAAAUGUGAACAUGAGAAUUUACAGUUAAGUAAAAGUGUGGAUGAGUGCAAGGUGCAAAAAGGAGGUUAUAAUGGACUUAACCAAUGUUUGCCAACUACCCAGAGUAAAAUAUUUCAAUGUGAUAAAUAUAUGAAAGUCUUUCAUAAAUUUUCAAAUUUAAAUGGACAUAAGGUAAGACACACCGAAAAAAAACCUUUUAAAUGUAAAGAAUUUGGCAAAUCAUUGUGCAUGUUUUCAAACCUAACUCAACAUAAAAUAAUUUGUACUAGAGUAAAUUUCUACAAAUGUAAAGACUGUGGAAAAGCCUUUAAUGGAUCCUCAAUCUUUACUAAACAUAAAAGAAUUCAUAUUGGAGAGAAACUGUACAUAUGUGAAGAAUGUGGCAAAGCCUGUAACCAGUUCACAAACCUUACUACACAUAAGAUAAUUUAUACUAGAGAGAAACUCUACAAACGUGAAGAAUGUAGCAAAGCCUUUAACCUGUUGUCACACAUUACAACACAUACAAUAAUUCAUACUGGAGAGAAUCCCUACAAACGUGAAGAAUGUGGCAAAGCCUUUAAUCAGUCCUCAACCCUUACUACACAUAAGAUAAUUCAUACCAGAGAGAAACUCAAUGAAUAUAAGGAAUGUGGCAAAGCUUUCAACCAGUCCUCACACCUUACCAAACAUAAGAUAAUUCAUACUGGAGAGAAACCCUACAAAUGUGAAGAAUGUGGCAAAGCCUUUAACCAGUCCUCACACCUUACCAGACAUAAGAUAAUUCAUACUGGAGAGAAGCCCUACAAAUGUGAAGAAUGUGGCAAAGCCUUUAGGCAGUCCUCACACCUUACUACACAUAAGAUAAUUCAUACUGGAGAGAAACCCUACAAAUGUGAAGAAUGUGGCAAAGCUUUUAACAAGUCCUCACACCUUACUAGACAUAAGAGCAUUCAUACUGGAGAAAAACCCUACCAGUGUGAAAAAUGUGGCAAAGCUUCUAACCAAUCCUCAAACCUUACUGAACAUAAGAAUAUUCAUACUGAAGAGAAACCAUACAAAUGUGAAGAAUGUGGCAAAGCCUUUAACCAGUUCUCAAACCUUACUACACAUAAAAGAAUUCAUACUGGAGAGAAACCCUACAAAUGUGAAGAAUGUGGCAAAGCUUUUAACCAGUCCUCAAUCCUUACUACACAUAAGAGAAUUCAUACUGGAGAGAAAUCCUACAAAUGUGAAGAAUGUGGCAAAGCUUUCUAUCGAUCCUCAAAACUUGCUGAACAUAAGAAAGUUCAUACUGGAGAGAAACCCUACACAUGUGAAGAAUGUGGCAAAGCCUUUAACCAUUCCUCACACCUUACUACACAUAAGAUAAUUCAUACUGGAGAGAAACCCUACCAAUGUGAACAAUGUGGUAAAGCCUUUAACCAGUCCUCACACCUUACUAGACAUAAGAGAAUUCAUACUGGAGAGAAACCCUACCAAUGUGAAAAAUGUGGCAAAGCUUUUAACCAGUCCUCAAACCUUACUGGACAUAAGAAAAUUCAUACUGGUGAGAAACUCUACAAACCUAAAAGAUGUAACAGUGAUUUUGAAAACACUUCAAAGUUUUCUAAACAUAAAAGAAAUUAUGUUGGUGAAAAAUCUUAGAAAUGUGAAGAAUGUAACAAAACCUUUAAAAGUUGUCACACUUGAUUGUGCAUAAGAUAAUUCAUACUAAACCUACAAGUGUGAAGAAUGUGGCAAAAGUUUUAACCAAUGCUUACACCUUAUUGCACAGGAAAGCAUUUGUACUAGAAAAAAAGUUUCAAAUAUACAGAAUGUGAAAAAGCCAUUAAUAUCUGUUCACAUCUUACUCAACAUCAGAGAUUUCAUACUUAAUAAAAGCAUUAUACAUG